AUGGAACUCAAAGCUCAUGCCAGCUCUUCACUGAGACUACUCAUCAAGAAAGAGGUGCAAAGCAAAAUAUUGAUUGGCUUUGGGAGGCAGCUUUCACCAAAUGAAGAGAGUGGUGCUCUAUUGGAGGAAUUGCAACGGGUGAGUGCAGAGAACAAGAAGCUAACCGAAAUGUUGACGGUGAUGGGUGAGAGCUACAAUUCUUUAAGAAACCAGUUGCUGGAUUACAUGAGCAAGAACCCAGAGAAGGAGCUUAGCCCAAUUUCAAGGAAAAGAAAGUCUGAAAGCAGUAACAACAACAACACCAACACCAACAGCAACAAUAACAUCAAUGGAGCAGUGAAUGGAAACUCUGAGAGCAGCUCCAGUGAUGGAGAAUCUUGCAAGAAACCAAGGGAAGAGACCAUCAAGGCAAAGAUUUCAAGGGCUUAUGUUCGUACCGAAGCAUCAGAUACAACAAGCCUGGUUGUGAAGGAUGGAUAUCAAUGGAGAAAAUAUGGCCAAAAAGUUACUAGAGAUAAUCCUUGUCCUAGAGCUUACUUCAAAUGCUCUUUUGCUCCAAGCUGCCCUGUCAAAAAGAAGGUGCAGAGAAGUGUUGAAGAUCAAUCUAUUCUGGUGGCAACUUAUGAAGGUGAACACAAUCAUUCCCACCCUUCUCAAAUUGAAGCAACAUCAGGCUCAAGCCGCAGCAUGACCUUAGGAUCAGUCCCCUGCUCAACCUCCCUUGCCUCAUCCGGACCUACCAUCACUCUUGACUUGACCAAAUCCAAGUCCAGUGCUGAUACCAAAAGUACAAAAACAAGAACCGAAACACCGGAAGUUCGAAAGUUUUUGGUGGAGCAGAUGGCUUCUUCCUUGACAAAAGAUCCCGAUUUCACGAAAGCACUAGCAGCAGCCAUUUCAGGAAGAAUACUUCAACAUAAUUCUUACUGA